AUGAUGAAUGAUACAAAACUCAUAAUCCAGACAAUUUACAGGUACAAGACGGAAAGGACAGAAAUACAAGGAAAAUCGGUCAACAGGAAUGCAUAUUUCUUUGAUAUUCAGAGUCUUCAGUCAUUCCAUGAGAAAUCCCAGGAUGUUGAAUUUAACAAAGCUGUCUCAGAUAAGAUGUCACUCACAAGGGAAAACGCAGUGCCUUCUGAAACCAGACAUAACUGUAAGGAAAGUAAUGAGAAGUUUAUCAAAAAAAGCAAACUAGAAAUGCAUCUCCAAACUCCCAUGGAAAUGGCACUUAGUCAUCUUAAUCACAACAACAGUGUAACAUUCAAUGCUAAUGAUUUAACUGAUCAAUUAAUGCCCAGUGGGAAAAGAGAAAAUAACACAGUGGCAUUACAAGAGCAGAUAUGCAGUAAAGAGAAGCUUCACAAAUGUUUCACAUGUGGCAAGAGUUUUACAGACAGAAAGACUUUAACAGUACAUAUGAUAAUUCAUACUGAUCAGAAGCUCUACAAAUGUACCAUGUGUAACAAGAGUUUUACACAGAGGAGUAAUAUGACAUCUCAUCAAAGAAUCCACAGUGGACAGAAGCCCUACAAAUGCAGUGUGUGUGACAAGAGUUUUGCAUUGAAAAGGACUAUGGUACUUCAUCAGUAUAUCCACAUGGGACACAAACCCUACAAAUGCACCAUGUGUGACAAGAGUUUUACAUGCAAAAGCACUAUGAAAAAUCAUCAGUCAAUCCACUCUGGAGAGAAACAUAACUGCAGUGUGUGUGGCAAGAGCUUUAAAUACAAAAAUAGUAUGAUAUGUCAUCAGAGGAUCCACACUGGGCAAAAACCGUAUAAAUGUACCACAUGUGACAAAGUCUUUACAUGGAAGAAUCUGGUUGUAAAACAUCAGUAUAUCCAUACUGGGCAGAAACCCCACAAAUGUACAAUGUGUGACAAGACUUUUAGAAGCAAAAGUGCUAUGGUAAAUCAUCAGUUAGUCCACACUGGUCUGAAACCUUAUAAAUGUGUAACAUGUCACAAGAGCUUUGUAGAUAAAAGAAGUUUAGCAAUGCAUCGGUUUGUGCACACGGGACAGAAACCCUAUAAAUGCACCAUGUGUGACAAGAGUUUUGCACAGAAGAAUCAGAUGGUAGGUCAUCAGAGUAUCCACACUGGACAGAAAAACUACCAAUGUAUCACAUGUGGUAAGAGUUUUAGGUAUAAGAGUAAUAUGUACAGGCAUCAGAAUAUACAUGCAGGGCAGAAACCCUAUAAGUGCACCAUGUGUGACAAGACUUUUACACAGAAGGGUAACAUGGUAAAACACCAAUAUACACACACUGGAGAGAAACCCUACAAAUGCUCCAUGUGUGACAAGAGUUUUGUACAGAAGAAUCAGAUGAUAAGCCAUCAGAGUACCCACACUGGACAGAAAAACUACAAAUGUGCCACAUGUGGUAAGAGUUUUAGACAGAAGGGUAAUAUGUAUAGGCAUCAGCAUACACACACUGGGCAGAAACCCUAUAAAUGUACUGUGUGUGGCAAAAGUUUUAUACAGAAGGGUAACUUGGUAAAGCACCAACAUAUACACACUAGAGAGAAUCCCUAUAAAUGCACCAUGUGUGACAAGAGUUUUGUACAGAAGAAUCAGAUGGUAAGUCAUCAGAGUACCCAUACGGGACAGGAAAACUACAAAUGUGUCACAUGUGGUAAGAGUUUUAGGCAGAAGGGUCAUAUGUAUAGGCAUCAGAAUAUACACACUGGGCAGAAGCCCUAUAAAUGUACCACAUGUGAUAAGAGUUUUACACAAAAGUACAGUAUGAAGCGUCAUCAAUGUAUCCACACUGGCCAGAAACCCUAUAAAUGUGCCAUGUGUUACAAGUCCUUCAGACAGGCAAGUACUUUGAAGAGGCAUCAGAGGAUCCACAGCAGGCAAAAAAGUAACAAAUUCUAAUACAGAGAAUGUGAAUUGGAAAGAAGACUGUUACUCAGGUAAAGUUAAGAAAGGAUCCCAACUGAAAAACACGAGGUGCACUCACUAUGCCUAAAGUUUGGUUCAAAGUAUUAAAAUGUUUGCAAUAUGAUUUAAUGGAGAGAAAAAAACUACCCAUAGGUGCACCUUGAAAUGACUGACAACAGUCUGGAUAACAGUGGGGAAAACAGUCUCAUACUUAAAAGUGAAACUGUAGAUUACCAUAAGAACUAUUAUUCAAUAACUUGUCUUUCAACAACAACAAAGUAUAAACUACAUGCAGGAAUUGAUGCAGACAGAGUAUGUAGUCAUCUAGAUAAAUAUUUGAGCAUGACAUUAGAACAGAAGGGGGAUAAAAGAGAUCCCUACUGCAUUAAGGAUCAUGUUUGGCUAGACAUUACCAUAAUGGAGACUUGCAAAAAGAACAGACGUCUUAGUAUUUUAUAAAUUGCAAAAAAGCAUUUAACGGUGGAUUAUUAAAUGCUCAGAAAUGUACAAGAGUCACCACACAUCAAUGUUAUGGUGCCAUUGCUAUAAAAAAGUGGCAAACUAAUUUGCAGUUGAACCACAAAA